UUCUUGCCGGAACGUCGAGAUCCCCAUUUCUCCGGUUAAAAUCAUAAACUGAAGUAGAGUGUUUUUCACUUCACAAUGGAGUUUCUCUCCUUCGCCGUCGCGGCUGGUGGAUUCAUCUUCAUUGGGGCUCAUGAAGCUUUUCACGCUUCUUCCCUCCAUGCCCAUGUUCCUCCUCCUCAUCCCAAUUCUCUUCACUCAACCACAGCUUCUUCUAAACCGAAUUCUCAAAUUAAGAAAACCUCCGCUCCCUCCUCCCUGUCUUUCCUCUUUGUCUCCGUCUUUUCCUUUUUCGUUAUUGUAAAUUCCUUGGUAUCACUUAUGGAUGCUCAAAUCUCCCGCGACCCUGUUGGAUCAGCCCUUCAAUUGCAAGUGUUAGCCGUUGCUUUGAUUUUCCUAUUGUACUCCGUCCUUGGUCUUAUGGUUCAUGCCUCGAAUUCUUUUCAUUUGCCUUCCUCGUUGCUCGGCUUGGUUGGGGUUUUUGCUUUUGUGGAAGAAUUUUUGUUGUUUUACCUUCAGAGGAAAGACCCCAGUGGAGUAGAAAAUCGUUAUUAUGAUCUGUUGCUAGUGCCUAUCGCCGUCUGUGUAUUAUCUACAACCUUUGAAUUGCAUUCCCCGAUAUCGAAUCUGCCAAGACUGACUCGUGGGUUUGGAUUGAUUUUACAAGGAACGUGGUUUCUCCAAAUGGGUUUGUCGUUUUUUACUAGUUGGAUGGCUCAUGGCUGCUCCUUGCGCAAAGUGAGCAGAGGGAAUUACACUAUAUGGUGUAAGGGACACCCUGAAUUUCACAGAGGUAGAGCAAUCGCUACGCUUCAAUUCAAUUGCCAUCUUGCCCUCAUAGUGGUAUUGUUUGUUGGGUUUUUCUCGACAGUCUCUUGGAAAAAUGGAAUUCCCGUGAAUUCUACGCAAUAUAGGCCCAUCGGAGCGGAAAUGCAGUCUUUUCAGAAUUCCGCUCAUUUCACUUUGGAUUCUGACGAUGAUGGCGACGGAGAGAUUAAAGAAGACAAUUCGGCGUUGCAGAAGUCAAGUGUGGUGGAAUCGGGCAUGAAUGGUUUCAGCUCUCAUCAUUGAGAUUGAUCAAUCUUAUUAGAUGUGGCGAAUGAAUUGAUGAAUCAUACGAUUCUAGUAGAACUGUCCUCCCUUUUGCUCUUGGCAGGAUAAUAAAAUCACUUUGUAUAAAUGAAUUUAUAUUAUAUAUUUGUUCGUGUUAUUAACUUCUAAUUUUGCUUUUGAGUCUAUGUGGCGUUAUAUCUGCAACUUCUGGAACUGAAUGCUGAUUUUUACCCUGUCCUUAUAAGUUUGUAUGACGUGAUUCUGUGUAGUUAAAAAUAUAAGUUCUUUCUUGAUGA